AUGAAGUCCAGUACUGAUAAUUCAAAUAUUUCUGUAAACAGUACAUCCCAAUGUGAUAUAUUAGUUGAUUUACGAUACCAGUUGAAGGGAUGUAAUUUUAGGCAUAAAUAUUUAUAUUGAGUAUUUAUACUAUGGUGAUCAAGAUGACUUCAUAUUCAAAGUCAACUGAGGCUAGUGGGAGACACAAAUACGUGGCCAGUGGCCAAGAAAGUGGAGGAUUUCCUUCAGAAAUGUGACCUACAUGACGACGCACGUCUAGAAAUGUUUUGUGAUGACCACAGUCAGCUGUGCUGCACUAAUUGUGCUUUCCUCAAUCACAGACAAUGUGCUAAAGAAACACCGAUAACUGAGUCAGUCAAAGGACCUAUUCCAGACUUGCAGAAACUAGGAAGAAAGAUCCAAACUAUUCUUCAAAAUAUCAGGAAACUUCAGAAUUAUUGGGAUAUCAACAUGCAGUCUUUCCAGGCUUCAUACGACAAACAAUUACAUGAAAUACGUGAAACACGCGAACAGAUAAAUAGUAUUCUAGACAAGAUUUAAAAAACCAUGGAAGAGCUAGAUGAUAAGUUGGCCAGUCUGAAAGCUUCUGUAAAGACUGAUGUGGACAAUUGUAGCAAGCUAAAAAUUGAACUCAAGCGACCCAAUGAUGCAACGCAUGACAUAGUUGAUAAGGGCAAAGCAGAACGUACAUUUAUUGCAAGUAAGAAAUGUCUGAAAAAUAUUGUGCUGUCUGAAACUUAUAUGAAAGAGAAUUCAGUUCAGAUAGAAAGUGCACUGACAUUCCUGGCUGACAGUGAUGUUCAUCAGUACUUGUCUAACUUGUCAGGUCUUGGGAAGAUUGUACUCAGUACCAAGGAAAUAUUAGUAUUUGGCGAUAAAGACCAGACAUUCACUGUACAAGGGAAGUCAGAGUAUGAUGUGAGCAUACCAAGUGAUUCACAGAAGAGCUUCUACAUCAAUGCAAUGUGUGUUCUAUCUGAUCAGAUCAUUGUCGCUGAUGUUUCUAAUAAACGAAUUAAGCUACUCAAUCAUCAAUACCAGGUGGUGGAUCAUUGUGAUUUAACUGCUGCUCCAUGUGACAUGUGUCAAAUCACGCCAAGUGAAGUAGCUGUUACUAUGGGUGAGGAUGAGGAUGACACAAAUGAGGUCCAGUUUGUCUCUGUGAGUGGUGGGCAGCUGGUUGAGAGCACCAAGUUACUGUUUUAACAUAAAUGUAAUGGUAUUGCGCAUGAUCUACAAGACCCGUAUCUCACUUCUGGCACUGCACUUUACAAGUAUUCAUUGAAAAGAGCCCUGUUGAAUAAGUUGUAUAAGAAUACAUCGGGCAAAUACACAGGUAACGUGUGAUGGAUAUAUUAUGGUAACAUUUAAAAUUAUUAUAAGAAAUAAUACAAUAGCAUUACGCUUUAUAUAUACAUAUUUAAACAAAAGUCAUUUGUAUUUUACCUUUGCCAGUUCCAGACAAUUAUAACUCUUCAACAUUCAAAGCC